UUUGAAUAUACAUAUACAACAAGACCAUAAACAAAAUAAUGCCAAGCCUGCCAGUGGGUCGUUGUUAUCGCAAUUGAAACCAGCCACAUCAGAGACGAAACGUCAGGGGGCAACACCAGCAGCAGCAACAACAACAACAACGUCGACAUCCACAUCAGCAUUAGCUCAUUGCCCUCCCCUGCCCCCCGCACUCCCUCCACCCAAACACACAACCGCAUUGAGUCAUUUACAUGAUCGCUUCAGCAGUGCAGAGAGGAGAGGGGGGUAACAACUAAAACCGGAGCACAUGUUGUAUGUGAAGUGAAGAGCAGCGGAACGAGCACUUGAGAAGCAUUUCUGGCCGGUCUGGCUGUCAGUUAAUGAUUAGCCCGCCUACUGGCAAGUCAAAAUCCAGAUUCAACAACGACAACGUUUCAAGUGAUACUUCGGUUGCAGUUGUUGUUGGUGCUUUUUCAUAUACAUUUUAUCACAUUCUCCACUGAUAAGAGAGACGGUUAAACGCCGGUGAUAUUGUUUCUUUUCCGCAAUAAGUUGUGUGUGUACGGUUUUUGUGGCUUUUUUUUUGAUAUAAAUCCGUGGCAAACGUUUAUUUGGUGUUCAUUCACAUUGAAGAUUUCCAAGUAGCAAAAUGCCUAAAGGUAAAGUUCCUACAGCUGAGCAGAUUAGCGAAGUAAAGACCGCUAUACUGAAGAAAUUGGAAACGGAACCGCCAGCAGAUCCCUUCCAUCCAAAUGAUCUGAAGCGCAUUAACGAUAAUGAUCUCUGGAUUGCCUCCCUAUUGGAGGCCUACGAUCUGGAUGUCGAGAAAUGCAUCAAGAGGCUCUGGGAGAAUUUGGCUUGGCGCAAAAGCUACGGCGUUUGGGAUAUCAAUGAAACGAAUGUGAACCAAGAAUUCUUACACGAUGGCCAAAUCUAUGUGCACAACAAGGAUAAGGAGGGCAAACCAUUGCUGAUCCUUAGCCUAAAGAAGCAUACAAAGAGCCAAAAUCUAGACGAACUUUUGCGUGUCAUCGUUUACUGGGUGGAGCGUGUUCAACGCGAAUCCUAUUUGGAAAAGUUGACCAUAUUCAUGGAUAUGACUGGAGCUGGCCUAAGCAACAUGGAUUUGGACUUUAUCAAGGGCAUAAUUGGUCUAUUCGAGACAAAAUACCCAAAUGCUCCCAACUAUAUUCUUGUUCAUGAAUUGCCCUUCUUGCUAAAUGCUGCCUUUAAAAUAGUUAAAACCUUUAUGCCAGCCGAUGCAUUGGAAAUUCUACGUGUGACAACCAAGAAGAAUAUUGGUGAAUUUGUUGAUCCUGACAAUUCCUUGAAAUUGUGGGGCGGCAACGAUGACUACGAGUACAAAUUUGCCUAAACAAUACCAAAAAACUGUAUAAAAAAAAGUGUGUAAAUAAUACAAUAUUUAUUGCCUGAAA